AUGUCUCAAUCUCAACCACCGUCUGCUUCGCAGCGGUGCUUCUCUCUACUCAUCUUUCUCUUCACCACACUUCAAUCUUCCUCUGCUUCAUGCUCUUCUUCUUCUUCCUCCUCCUCCUUCCAUUGCCCUCCGUUUAACUCCUCUCCACCAUUCCCAUUCUCAACAUCUCCGGGAUGUGGCCACCCAAACUUCCAGAUCCAAUGCUCCUCCCCACGCGCCACCAUCUCAAUCAAAAACCUCUCCUUCUCUCUCCUCCAUUACGACUCCCUCUCCUCUUCUCUCCUCCUCUCUCCAAUCCUAGACUCUAACCGGAACCGGCACAAUUGCUCCUCUCUCCGGUUCUCUCAUCCCAUCGACUUAACCGGUUCUCCAUUCCAAAUCUCCGACUCUUCCUGCUCUCGCCUCUCUCUCCUCCGUCCCUGCUCUCCUCUCCUUCUCCCAAACUGCAGCCGAUGCCCUUUCGACUGCAAACUCCUCAAAAACCCGGGUCGGAUCCUCCACGGAUGCGAAUCAACCCACGGAUCCUUAUCGGAGCAAGGCUGCCAAGGAGACCUCCUCGGCUUCCUCCAAGACUUCUUCACCAGAUUCGGAUUCCAAGUCGAAUUCGACGAGUCUCAAGACCCUUACUUCGCCAAAUGCAGAGACUGCCAAACCAAGAACGGUGCUUGCGGGUUUAAUUCGACCCACCCGGAUCAAGACUUCCUCUGUUUUCCCCAACCCGGAUCCGAAACAGAGCAAAAAAAAGUCAACCACGUGGCCGUCUUGUCUCUCAUCUUCGCUCUCACUUGCCUUCUCCUAGCGAUCUCCGUCGCGGUAACGAUUUUCCGAUCACGGAGAGCGAGUUUCUUCUCCUCCUCCGUCAACGAAGAAGAUCCCGCCGCUCUCUUCCUCCGCCGCCACCGCUCCCUCGCGCUCCUCCCUCCGGUGUUCACCUUCGAGGAGCUCGAGUCCGCCACCAACAGAUUCGACCAGAAACGCAAAAUCGGAGACGGAGGAUUCGGCUCCGUUUACCUAGGCCAGCUCACCGACGGCCAGCUCCUCGCCGUGAAGUUCCUCCACCACCACCACGGCGCAACCGCCGCGGCCACCGAGCACUGCAAAGCCUUCUCGAUGAAAUCCUUCUGCAACGAGAUCCUGAUCCUCUCUUCGAUCGACCACCCGAACCUCGUCAAGCUCCACGGCUACUGCUCUGACCCGAGAGGGCUUCUCCUCGUCCACGAUUACGUCACCAACGGCACUCUCGCCGAUCAUCUCCACGGACGGAAGUCGAAGAUGACGUGGCGAGUCCGGAUUGAUAUCGCUUUGCAGACGGCUUUGGCUAUGGAGUAUCUUCACUUUGCCGUUGCUCCUCCGGUUGUUCACAGAGACAUCACGUCGUCGAAUAUCUUCGUUGAGAGAGAUAUGAGGAUCAAAGUCGGAGACUUUGGUUUGUCUAGGCUCUUGGUGUUGACGGAGACGACGGCCACGUCAGCUUCGUCGUCUGAUUUCGUUUGCACCGGUCCGCAAGGUACGCCCGGUUAUUUAGACCCGGAUUAUCACCGGUCUUUCCGGUUAACGGAGAAGAGCGACGUGUAUAGUUACGGCGUCGUUUUGAUGGAGUUGAUGACGGGGAUGAAAGCCGUUGACCAGCGGCGUGAGAAGAGAGAUAUGGCUUUGGCUGACUUGUUUGUCUCCAAGCUGCAAGUGGGUCUUCUCGAUCAGGUGGUUGAUCCGUUGCUUGCGGCGGCGGGAGAAGACGACGGUGGUGGUGUCGCGGCGCUUGCUGAGCUGGCGUUCCGGUGCGUUGCGGUGGAUAAAGACGAUCGUCCGGACGCUAAAGAGAUUGUUUUGGAGCUUAAGAGGAUUAAGAGCCGUACACGUGUGGUGGAUAAUGACGUGGCGAAAUGCUGA